CAUUUAGCAUAUGUUAAGCUCAAACGGCCUUUCCCUACAACCAAGAGCCAGCGUUAGGGCAUACAAGUGACUAUUUUGUCUUGAAACUCUGCUUUGGGAACAUCAAGGAUGGAUUAUCCCAAAAUGGAUUAUUUUCUGGAUGUGGAGUCUGCUCAUAGACUCUUGGAUGUUGAGUCGGCUCAGAGAUUCUUCUAUAGUCAAGGAGCUCAAGCUCGCCGGGCGACCCUGCUCCUGCCUCCCACAUUAAUGGCGGCAUCUUCGGAGGAUGAUAUAGACCGGCGGCCCAUCAGAAGAGUCCGCUCCAAGAGCGACACGCCGUACCUCGCCGAAGCCAGGAUCUCCUUCAACCUAGGGGCAGCUGAGGAAGUGGAGAGACUCGCGGCCAUGCGUUCAGACUCCCUUGUCCCAGGUACCCACACCCCUCCCAUCCGGAGGAGAAGUAAGUUUGCCAACCUGGGGAGGAUCUUCAAGCCUUGGAAGUGGAGAAAGAAGAAAAGUGAGAAAUUCAAACACACAUCUGCAGCCCUGGAAAGGAAAAUAUCAAUGAGGCAAAGCAGAGAGGAGCUGAUAAAACGAGGGGUCUUGAAGGAAAUCUAUGAUAAAGAUGGGGAGCUCUCCAUAUCGAACGAAGAUGAUUCGCUGGAAAACGGACAGUCCCUGAGUUCCAGCCAGCUGUCUCUGCCAGCCCUGUCCGAAAUGGAGCCGGUUCCCAUGCCCAGGGAUCCCUGCUCAUACGAGGUGCUCCAACCUUCAGACAUCAUGGAUGGGACAGUGUCUGAAGAGAGUCCCUCUGCCAGUGAGUCUGGAGUCCUCCUGUCCCAAGAUCCUUCAGCCAAACCAGUCCUGCUACUGCCCCCCAAAAAACCUGCUGCUUUCUCUGGAGACCAUGAGGAGACCCCAGUGAAGCAGCUGUCCCUUCUCAAGCAACCCCCCGCCCUGCCUCCCAAACCCACUGCCAGGAUUGCCAACCACUUAACAGAUCCUGGCGGCCCUGUGAAAUUGCCUUGUCUGCCCGUCAAACUGUCGCCUCCACUACCUCCAAAGAAAGUCAUGAUCUGCAUGCCUGUCGGGGGGCCAGACCUCUCCCUGGCAUCCUACGCGGCCCAGAAGAGCGGCCCGCAGAGUGGGGCCCAGCACCACCACACGGUCCUGCCGUCCCAGAUCCAACACCAGCUGCAGUACGGCAGUCUCGGCCCUCACCUCCCCUCCACCACCGGCUCCCUCCCCAUGCACCCCUCUGGCUGCAGGAUGAUCGAGGAGCUGAACAAAACGCUGGCCAUGACCAUGCAGAGGCUGGAAAGCUCUGAGCAGCGGGUCCCCUGUUCCACUUCUUACCACAGCUCUGGUUUGCACUCCGGUGACGGUGUCACCAAAGCGGGACCUCUGGGCCUUCCGGAAAUAAGACAAGUGCCAACUGUUGUGAUUGAAUGUGAUGACAAUAAAGAAAAUGUGCCUCACGAGUCAGACUACGAAGACUCUUCUUGCCUGUACACGAGAGAGGAGGAGGAAGAGGAGGACGAAGACGAUGACAGCGCACUAUACACCACCUCCCUGGCCAUGAAGGUGUGCAGGAAGGACUCCUUAGCCAUCAAACUCAGCAACAGGCCCUCCAAGCGGGAGCUCGAAGAAAAGAACAUCCUUCCCAGGCAGACGGAUGAAGAGAGACUGGAGCUGAGGCAGCAGAUCGGCACCAAGCUCACCAGGCGGCUGAGCCAGAGGCCGACGGCGGAGGAGCUGGAGCAGAGGAAUAUUCUAAAACGUAAGUGA